AUGAUGUCGGCAGCCCAUUAUUACCCGAAGUUGAUGAGCAUUAUGGGAAAUGUGUUACGAUUUCUGCCUGCUUUUGUAAAGAUGAAACAGCUGAUUCAAGAGGGAUAUGUGGGGGAACUUCAAGUAUGUGAAGUACAGGUUCACAGCGGAAGCCUCUUGGGAAAGAAGUAUAACUGGAGCUGUGACGACCUCAUGGGUGGAGGUGGACUGCAUUCAGUGGGUAGCUACAUAAUUGAUCUGCUGACUUUCUUGACCAGCCAGAAAGCAGUGAAGGUCCAUGGGCUUCUGAAAACAUUUGUGAAGCAAACAGACCAUAUAAAAGGAAUACGCCAGAUAACAAGUGAUGACUUUUGUACAUUUCAGAUGGUUCUGGAAGGCGGUGUUUGCUGUACAGUUACUCUAAACUUCAAUGUCCCUGGGGAAUUUAAACAAGACAUUAUAGUUGUUGGAUCAGCUGGUAGACUAAUGGUAUUGGGGACCGACCUCUACGGCCAAAGGAACACCUCAUUGGAGAGAGAAUUACUGUUAAAAGAUUCUACACCUGUCAGCAACUCCCUCUUGCCUGAAAAGGCCUUUAGCGAUAUACCUUCCCCUUACCUGAGAGGGACUAUUAAAAUGGUACAGGCUGUGCGGCAAGCGUUUGAAGACCAGGAAGACAGGAGAACAUGGGAUGGCAGGCCGCUUACAAUGGCAGCCACUUUUGAUGACUGUCUGUAUGCUCUGUGUGUAGUGGACACUAUAAAAAAAUCGAACCAGACUGGUGAAUGGCAAAAUAUAGUAAUAAUGACAGAGGAGCCUGAGUUAAGCCCCGCUUACUUAAUAAGUGAAGCUAUGCGCCGAAGUCGUAUGUCUUUGUACUGUUAG